AAGAUGCACGUUUCUUUCUUCUUCUUCUUCUUUUUUUUUAAACCUCGCGUCCUCCCUUCAUCAUUCACACCGGUGAAGGUUCUGUAAGUGUCGCUUCUUUGACGCCGCCGGUGUGCCUGCUCAGCGGUCUGAUUUGCGUGGUCCUGUCCAGCGAUGAGCCCAGAGCCGCUGCUAUGACCGGGAGAGAGAAUCGGGUACACGCCAGGUACUCAGGACCUCUAAAGUGCAGAGAGUGAAUGUUCCCUCCCUGCGCAGUCAUGUGACUGACCUGGCUCUUCCAUUUUACGGUGGGAUCUUUUCCUCCUCAUGCUGACUAACUCAGUCUGCCCCAUUCUCACCAUGAGAGAUCUGACCUCCGUGCCCUCAUACUGGCGCUGCCGUCGUGCCGCAUGAGCGCCUCCCUCCCCUCCAGCAGUUACUGCACGGAAUGGCCUCUCUGGACCUGCCAUACCGCUGUCCUCGCUGCGGGGAGCACAAGCGCUUCCGAAGCCUUUCGUCCCUACGAGCCCACCUGGAGUACAACCACACGUACGAGACCCUUUAUGUCCUCUCCAAGUCCAACAGUGUAUGUGACGCCGCCGCUCUGCUGCCCCUAGUGGCCGAGGGAGCUCUCCUCACGCCCGCCAACAACAACGACCCCUUCGAAGCGCUCCGGCCUUCGGCUCUGAAGGAGCGCCACUUUCCCUGCCGGGAGCUUCCCUGUGCCGACGACCUCAGCUUGACCCCAGCUAACUCCAACUCUGCGGCCAGGUACAUUCCUAAUGUGGAGUUCCCCCUGGGGGAGAUCUUCAUGAAGAAAGCGAUGACAUCCACGGAUCCAGGCAGCCAUGGAAACCCCAGCACUGCUGUGGCUGUGGCUGCCAAUGUGGCUGCCAGUGCUGUAGAGGCGGCUUACGAGGAGGGCCUGGCGAGGCUGAAGGCGCGGGCGUUCGAGCGGCUGGAGCUGGACGAGAGGCUGGAGAAGUUGUCGGAGGAGGUGGAGCAGAAAAUAGCGGCCCGUGUAGGCCGUCUCCAGGCGGAGCUGGAGAGGAAGAGCUCCGAGCUGGAGAGGGCCAAGCAGGAGAGCGAGCGGCUGAGCCAGGAGAAACAGGACCUGGAGGACAAGGCCUCUGAGCUCUCUCGGCAGGUGGACGUCUCCGUGGAAAUGCUGGCCAACCUCAAGCAGGAUCUGGUGAACAAGGAGGCGGAGCUAAACCACAAACAGCAGGAGGUUUCCCAGAUCGACCAGUUCCUUCAGGAGACGGCGGCACGGGAAGCCAACGCUAAGGUGCGCCUGCAGCAGUUCAUUGAGGAGCUUCUGGACCGAGCUGACCGUGCUGAGAAACAGCUGCAGAUCAUCAGCAGCUGCGGCACCACACCGAAUGGCAGCCUGGGACGCUGCAGUCUGCAGGCCUCGAAGGGCACUGGGCGCCAGAGAAAUUCCAGCCUCUCUGGUAGCACAAGAGGAAUGUACCAAGUGUCAGAGAGACGAUCUUCUCCCAGCACAGGAGCAUCAGGGAGGAUAAAGUCUGUCUCGCAGGGUUCUGGAGGCUACGACAGCGACAGCGUCGAGAUGCAUCCCAUGGAGGAUUGUCCCGAGGCGCAGUACUAUCACAUGCAGUGCCGCAUGGGCGAGGGUGGCUACGAGCGCUCCCCGGGAUGCGGGUCUAGAAACUGGGGUCUUCGCAAGCAGGCCAUUCAGAACUGGCAGCGGCGACCGUACAGGAACAGCACCGAGGGUGAGGAGGGAGACGUGUCGGAUGUGGGCUCGCGGACCACCGAGUCUGAAGUGGAGAUGUGGGAGCAAGAGCGCAGAGCUGUGGCUGAGGUUCAGCAGUCUGCAGUACCCUAUCCUCACCACAGCAGGGCAGCGUAUCGCCCUAACACGGGUCGAUCUGACGUGGUUUACAGCAAGCCAUGCCGCCACGAAAAGAGCCCAUCGAAAUCCAACGAGGUAAUAAGUCCAGAGAUCCUGAAGAUGCGUGCAGCGCUCUUCUGCAUCUUUACCUACCUGGACACCAAAACCCUCCUGAAAACCGCCGAGGUCUGCCGCAACUGGAGGUUCGUGGCCCGACACCCAGCUGUGUGGACCAGGGUGCUGCUGGAAAACGCUCGCAUUUCUUCCAAGUUUUUGACCACAUUGUCUCAGUGGUGCACGCAGACGCACUCCCUCAUUCUACAAAACCUUAAACCAAGGCAGCGAGGCAAGAAAGAAUCCAAGGAGGACUACCUUAAAAGCACACGUGGCUGUCUUGAGGAAGGUUUGGAGGCGUUGUUAAAGGCCACAGGAAGUAACCUGCUGAUACUAAAGAUUUCACACUGUCCCAACCUGCUGACUGAUCGCUCCCUAUGGUUGGCCAGCUGCUACUGCCGAGCCCUCCAGGCCGUAACCUACAGGAGUGCCACAGAUCCAGUUGGCCAGGAGGUUAUCUGGGCCCUUGGCGCAGGGUGUAGAGAUAUUAUUUCUCUGCAGGUGGCGCCCCUACAUCCAUGUCAACAACCAGCACGUUUCAGCAACCGAUGCCUGCAGACGAUUGGAAGAUGCUGGCCACAUCUCCGUGCUCUUGGUGUGGGUGGAGCUGGAUGUGGGAUUCAGGGACUCGCCUCACUGGCGAGGAACUGCAUGCGCCUGCAGGUGUUGGAGUUGGACCAUGUGAGCGAAAUCAACCAGGAGGUGGCAGCAGAGGUUUGCAGGGAGGGCCUGAAGGGUCUGGAGAUGCUGGUGCUUUCAUCCACGCCAGUCACCCCUAAAGCCUUGCUCCACUUCAACAGUGUUUGCCGCAACCUGAAAUCCAUCGUGGUUCAGAUUGGUAUAGAAGACUACUUUGAGGACCCCAACAGCCCAGAAGCCAGAAAGCUGUUUGAUGAAAUGGUUAACAAGCUGCAGGCUCUAAAGAAGAGACCGGGUUUCUCCAAAAUCCUCCACGUGAAAGCAGACAGCCUCUGCUAACAUCCUUUGUGCAGGUUGCUGGACAGUGCGACCACAGCAUGAGUUGAUCCGCAGGACACAGGUAGCUUGAGCCCACCUCCUGGUGGCUGGACGCAUUUGGAGCACAAGAAACAGAACCAAGAAAGAUCUUAUUAAUGAAUGAAGGCCCAGGAUUACCAAGUAUAUUUUACUAAAUAAAAAAAUAAAAAAAAUCAUAAAACAGAACCAGAUUUGAUGAAAAUGUGCUAAGUGUUGGUGAUCUUCAGAGGCAGUAGAUACCCAACCAAGAGACUGUAUAAACCUCACUAACUCAAGAAACACAGCUGCGUUCAAACUGUCUCUCAUCCACAAUCUCUCUCUAAACGUGGAGCCACUUGGAGUGUCUCCACGCUGCAUUCUCACUUUCCGCAUCUGCUUAAUGCAAACUAGCUUCAACGUCAACUGCAGAAACAAGAUUGGGGGACGUGCGUAUUUUCCACAGACGUCCAUCAAGCGUCUGUUUUCACAAGAGGUCGAGGCUUUUUUUUUUUCCUAAGGGGUUGCAAUGGGAGCUUUAUGCUUAGGUGUGAUGUUGAGGAAAUAAAUGCUUAUCGCACUCUGUCCCCAAAACUUGCCAAAUCCAAGCGUGUGAACAUGCACUGCUUCCAAGCACUACAGAAAGGGUGGCGGGGGGGGGGGGCUCCCGCCCUGCAGCAACACAUGGACCAUGUUAUCUUGAAAGUGCAUGGUAGCGCUGGGGUUUUGCCUCCAGUACCGUCCUCUGCUUCCUUGUAUGAGAACAAACUGGAUUCAGUGUUUAUGAACUUUGUUGUAAUCUCUGGACCUGUUUGCGUCAGAGGACAUGUACGGAGUAUCCUAAGUCGCUGCUGCAUUUUGUAGCGACGUUCGUCUUUUUUUCCAGUGUUUCCUUCUCCGGUGUGCCAAUUAUAAAAGGAUGAGGGACCAGGCAAGUCACCAGUGUCCCGACUGGACCCAAGUUUGCUGUCAGCAGAAGCAGCUCAAACUGAAUAUAAAGUGUUUGUGUUUCCUAUAAAGCAAAUUAUCCAGGUGUGUACAGGUGUUCUAGUGUUUGUAUUCAUACUGAACAGUGCCAUUUGCAUCAUAGGGGCUAUUCUCUGCAUUCUAAUUCAUUAGGUGACAUCCUCCAAUCCUCUUCUGAUGUUUUCUUCCACCCAGUAUCUCAGCUAGUGUGAAGGGAGCUGAUACCUGUACGUUAAGGGAUCCAGGUCUUAUGCUUCAGGUCUUCAGGGCUUCCCUUCAAGUUAGGAAAUUGAUUUGGCAGAAAUUUUUUCAAACUUUAAUUAGCUGUACUUUUUUUUUUUGGAGGAGGGGUGGGGGGGGUUGAAGACUGCACUGCUCUACACAUUUUCUGGUUCCAGUGUCGCUUUACUGCAGUGAAACAAUAAGCCCGUUGAUCCGAUGGCUCUGUCUUGAGCUCAAAGUUUUGGAUGUUAGAGGUGUGUGUUUGCCAGGCCUUAAAAAGGGACUCACUGUUUUAUUUGAUAGAAUGUAAUCCCUACUUCGGACCAAAUAUGUUUUGCAUUCUGGUGCACUGAUUUCUCCUUAUCUCGAACUUUAAUAAUGUGCAAUAUUUUAUCUUUCUCUAAAACAUGCACAAAAUCUGAGUACAGAUUGAAACGAAAUCACUUGAACAUGACAGUCCUUCCCAUUCCUCUGCUGCAGGUUGCUUAGAGGGUUCCGACAUAAUCUUUACAAGAGUGGAGUUUGCAUGACAUUUGCAAAAACUUAUGGGGCUAUGAUAGAUGUUGUGACUUAUUUUUGGGGGGGAUUGAUAAAACACGCCAGCUAUUUAAAACAUUUGAGCUUUGGAUAUUAGGUAAAUGAUACGAUAGCGAAAUCAAGCCCAUGGUCUCAUUAUCUCAAGAUAAUGGUAAGAUGAAAAAUGUUACCACAACUGCCAUAUCUUAAGCACAAAGUAUCCUGAUAUUCAUUUUUCUCUGCAUAGUAGGAUCAAAAAUAUUUGAAGUGAGUUUAAAAUCUCGCUACUGACAAAAUAAAGACACGGAAACUGUUACUGCAUUAAAAACAAGCUUAAAAUUGUAUUAUCUCUAGAUAAUGAGACAGGGAAACCCUAAUCAUAAAAAAACCCUCAAUAUUUCUUGAGGUUAUGAUAUACUGAAAGCAUUAUAAUGAGAAAAUGAGAUGCAGAUCUUAGGACAAGAGCAUAAAGCACUGAUAAUGUCAUCUCAACAAAAAAUCUUCAAGGCAUUUUCCUAUCAAAACAAGACUAAAAUUUCUAUCACGGUAUAUUGAGCUCAGGAUCUUGAUAUCUUCAGAUAAAGUAACAUUUGAACAUAAUAUAAUCAGCUCUAGAUUUUUGUUAUCUCAAUAUGAUGAGGCGCUGAAAUUUUCACCUUGACUAAACAAGCUAAAAAAAAGUUUGAGCUUUGCUAAAUGGAAAAAAAACACACAAAAAAAAACCUGUUUUUCACUUUCCUGUGGAAAAACUGCCUGAAAAUGAAAUGAGAAAUCUGAACAUUUCGGAGUCCGGAGUUUUGAAAGGAAAAGUUUGUAGGAACCCUUUGCCUGACAUGCUCACCGUGAGCACAUGUUAAAUUAUAUGUAUGGUCACAUAUAGUAUUCAGCAAGCUGUGACUCUCCCUCUUUUUAUUCCACUCUGAUGUGGAUUGGUUGCUGGCUAACCUGAGGGAAAAAGGCUCACCACAGAGGAGAUAAACUUCACAGUAGAGAAAACUCCCCACAAAGCACUUGUUGAUUUUGAGUUUCAGACAAUCCUGCAUUCAUUAUCAGCUACUCUGUAUAUAAUGUUUGUAUAUAGAAAAAGAAAAAAAGAAGAAAAAAAAAAAAACUCCUGAAAAAAAAAAAGAGAGAGACCGACAUUUGAUGUUAUUCUAAUAAGGUGAUGAGUCGGAGUGGAAAAACUGAAGUUUACAGGUCUUCAUUUAGAGUCCAAUGAAUAAUUACGCAUAGAGAACUAUAUUAUGUCUAACAGUAGUGUUAAAAUUGCAGUUGUGUACUAGAUACUUUAUAUUAAAUGUGCAUCAGAUUCAUAUAGAGAUGGAGAUUAUUUAAAAAGGUUAAAGAUGAUAAUUCAGCUAUUUAUUUCUAUAUAAAAAAGAGCGCUGUGUACAGUAUAAUGUUGGCAUGUUUGUGUUCAUGCAUCAAUCAUUGAGUUGCCUUUUUAACUGUUCUGCUACUGUGGCAAAAAAAAAAAAAACACACAAAAAAAAAAAAAACAAUUAGAUGUUUAUAGAGCUUUGAUUGCCUGCAGGUUAAUAAUAAUCUUCAUUUGAUCCUGUCUGUUGUUGCACUAUAGAGAAAAACACUAUUUCAGAUGUUUAUUAUAAGAGUGUUUUUAAUGUUUUCGGGUAUUUAAAAAUAAAAAAAAGAUGCACUUUCCUUUCUUGAACACUUUCCAUGGCCCGUUGGUCAUCCAUUUGGACAGACGUUUCUGGGACGUCUGUUGCUUGAUUGUUGGAAAUAACAGUAAUAAAAAUUGCUUAUCUCUGUUUGAGAACAGGCAACAUCUCCCACACUGGAACCUAUCGUUCUCGUUUAACUACAUUUAAGUGCUUUUUGAGUUGCCAGUAUGACCUUAUAUUUGUAUUUGUUGCCAUCUUUGCUUUACUUCUACCCUGUAAAUUUCACACUCGCAUCAACGGUACUCUCGCUUGGUUGUGAAUACGGACUCUUUGUAAACGCCGCGAAACGCCAUGAAACUACGGCGUAAAGGUACCAGUGACACUGGAAAAACCUGAAUCUUUGGCUUCCAUCUGUACUUACCUUAUCUCAACGCAUCAUGCCUGAACCGUAACUGACUUAAGUGUCCUCUGUUAACAUUUUUACCAUGCCGUGCAAUAGGAGAAGAAAGCUGCGUGAGUGUUAAUGUACUUCUGUAUAUAUUUUAUGUAUGAACGAUUGUACUCUGCCCAUUCAUCUGAAGUGUGUUUUACACAUUACCUCAACAUUUAGCAGGGCAAUUAUAAAUGCAUUUUCUUUUUUUUUUUUUUUUUUUAGUUUCUAGUUUGUUUCUUACUGCCAUCGACAGGUGAUUCAUCCCAAUUUCUGCGAACACAUGAAUUCUGUUGAUGAGAACAAAAAAACUUUUCCAAAAAGAUCAAACAGCCUUCUACGAUGACUGCAAUAGAUGGAUUUUCAUUCAUUUGAUGUCAUCAAUAAAACUGCUUUAAAUUGUA